UUACGCUCUCCAACAAUAUAUAUAACCACUUCGUGUACCUAUAGUUCUUCACCAUACACACAUUUGCAUAAUUGCUUUCUUCUCUCUCUUUCUACAUGCUACAAGCUUUCUCUUCUAAUAUGGCUCCUAGUUGUAGCAAAACCUUUUGUGAUCAUUCUUCACUUGUAAAAAUCACCAAACGUCCUUCUCCACUUUUGCUGAAGGACUAUCUGAGGGACGAUCUGAGCUCGUGUUCAUCUAGCGGUUUCAAAUCGUUGCCGCGCCGACAAUGCUGCACCACCGUUGGAUUCUCUAGAGAUCCGAAGCUCCAACGCAAGAAGAGGAACACGCUUCCUCGACAACAAUCCAAUUCUUCUUCUUCUUCAACCAUGUCGUUAGCUCUUCAGAGAGCUUCUGAAGUUGUGAUAAACGCAAUAAAGUCACUGCCAAUGAAGCAAAAGAGUGAGAACAAAGUGAAGAAAGGUGGUGUUGCUCUUUCUAGAAGCUUCUCGAGGAGGCUGUUGAGCAGAAGCUUCUGGAGAAAAGCGGCGGCGAAGGAAGACGGAAGCGGAGGUGUCUCAAAGAGAUGUUCAUUUCGCGAGCUACUACUGAAGGAACGGGAUUAUCACAAAACGACGUCGUUGGAUGAGGAGACCACGACGACAACGCUCACUGCCACCACGAGUUCAGGUAGUGGUAGUAAUAAUGAUAGCUGGGGGGAGAGCGAUUUCACUUUUUGUGAUAGCUCCACGGAAAAUGACGCCAAAGAGGAAGAGGAUGCGCCACGCCAUAAGAUAGAAGGAAUCAAAACCAUGGAUUGGCCAUGUGAGAAGGAACAAUUCAGUCCAGUAUCUGUGCUAGAUUUCCCAUUUGAAGAUGAACAAGUGAUGAAGCCCCAUUUAAAUUCCACAGGAGCCAAACACAAGCAUAUGCAAAAGAGACGACAUUUUAGAAGUGUAUCUUCACUGAAGCCUGUGGCUUUAGAGAAAAGGAUCGCACGUUCAGAACUAGAUGAUAUUGCACUACAUAAUAAUAACCAUUCUGCAAACAAAUGUUCAAACAACGUUAAUGACAAUGCCCGGGACCUUGUUAGCUUCAUGAAAACCUCAAUUCCUUACAAUUGUUUGAUUUUUGAGGCAGAGAACCUGCUAUUUGACUACUUCAAGCAGAGCAUAGGGGAGAAUGAUAAUAAUAACAACGACAUUGAUCAUUCGAAGAAGCUUCAACUUUGCGAGGUAGCUGAGGAUUGGAUAAGAGGGCAGCCCAAAGAAGUGUAUUUGGGUUGGGAAGUGAAAGAAAGAAGAGGGGUUUACAUUAGGGAGAUGGACAAGUGCGAGGAAUGGAAAAAUUACUCUGAUGGAGAAACACAACAAUUGGUUCUGGAGCUGGAAAACGAGGUGUUUGCUAGUUUGAUUAACGAGGUUGUGCUUGACCUCGCUACAUGAUAUGACAGAUUUGAUAUAUGUAUGCUUCUAUUGUUCUAUUUUCGUUUCUUUUUUUGUUUUCGACCCUUUAUCCCUGUCUUGGGGAUGCGGGCGGCUAAAUUUUGGAAUAGAGAUAAAUUUGGUUUUA